AUGGGAAACAGCCCGUCUAAAUCCAGUUAUGCCCUGCCGAGUACGAAGACAGCCAACAGCACGACCAACGGAGUCCUCACUCCUAGUGAUGACCUGAACAGCAACGAACCUAAUGACCCCGAUGAUAGUAGGCCUCUACCUACUAUCAUCACCCAAACACAACAUACGAAUCUCGUUCCGAGAUCGGCUCCUGGAGAGCCAACCCCCAAACCCAAAUCCAAACCUCAUUCCCCUCCACCGAGCCUGGCAUCGCUCAAAACAACACAUUACACACAUUCACCUGCCCCCAAUGGAUUUUCUUCGUCCCACGUGACCAAGCAUCGUCGUAGACGGUCGACCACUGCACCUUACGAUCUUGACAUUGACAUGUCUUUUGCAAAAGCGUUAGGAACCCAGUCUUUGGCUGGCUCAGGGUCUAGCACUAGCUCUGGCUCUAGCAAUAAUGGUACGAUGACCCCGCCAUCGUUCUCGACGGACUCGUCGUUCAUGAACUUCAGUUUCACAGACAACGAGCCGCAAACCCCUGUCGGCAGCUCAGCGCUGGGAACGUCUACCACUCAUCCGUUACCACCAAUUAAGGAAGAGAUUCAAGCCUCUGCUUCUUUGGCACGCAAGAACCGUGCUUCCAAAGCCAUCGCUUCCCAAAUACCACACGAUAGGAGUGCGGCACCACCUGUUAUCCUCAAACGGUAUGCGCAUGACGUUCAAGCCACCGAGUACGUUGACGUGGACGACGUGAUUGAGAAACUCUUGGAAAUUGGCAGUACUAGAUACUAUCAAGCCAAAGAAUUCCCGUUCAGCUCCUGGAAAGUCCAAGUGAUUUGCAGCAGAGCGCGCGAAUUAUUCUUGGAUCAGCCAUCGCUGUUGCGCUUGCAAGCUCCCAUCAAGAUUGUUGGGGAUGUGCAUGGUCAGUUCACAGAUUUGAUGCGUAUUUUACGUCUUUCUGGUGUCCCGCCAAAUUCGAGUUACCUGUUUCUGGGCGACUACGUGGAUCGUGGUAAGCAAUCGCUUGAGACCAUGUUACUUUUACUCUGUUACAAGAUCAAGUUCCCAGAUAGAUUUUUCAUGCUAAGAGGGAACCACGAGUCUGCAAAUGUUACCAAGAUGUAUGGAUUUUAUGACGAGUGCAAGCGCCGUUUGUCGUCAAAGACUUGGAAAGUUUUUGUUGAUGUUUUCAACUCUUUGCCGCUUGCUGCUGUGGUUCAAGACAAGAUUUUCUGUGUUCAUGGUGGUAUUUCUCCACACCUGCGAGAAUUGCGUCAAAUCGAACGCGUGGCUAGGCCCACUGACAUACCCGAAGAAGGUUUGAUAACAGAUCUCUUGUGGAGCGAUCCUGAUCCUCAAAAAUCCGAUUGGUCUACAAAUGAUCGUGGAGUGUCAGUUACUUUUGGGAAGCGUAACGUCUUGGACUUUUGUUCCCGCUUCAAUUUUGACUUGGUCAUUCGUGGCCACAUGGUGGUUGAAGACGGUUAUGAGUUUUUCGCACGCAAGAAGUUUGUUACGGUAUUUUCUGCUCCAAACUACUGUGGUGAAUUUCAGAACUGGGGAGCUGUUAUGAGCGUGACUACAGGUCUCAUGUGCAGCUUCGAGCUAUUGAAACCUCAUGGCGGCAAGAACAAGUCCAAAAGCUAG